GCUGUCGUGUCUUGUCUCGCUUAUUCGUAUCUGUAAAGCCCUUAUCAAAAACUACGUUAUUAGUUUUGUAGUGCGCAGAUGCGUUGUAAGCGGAGCUCUACAUGUGCGCCACAGGCUGAAAAUCUUGUGUUCUGCUUGUUCCUUUUCUCCUUGUUCUGUACGCUUAGGUUGUCAUGCACUUUGUCUGCCUUGAAUUGUAUCCACUCAAGGCAAAAUCGAAUUGAUUACGCUGCAAUUGCCUGCCAUGCGUGUAUGUUUACCACAUAGGUCGAGGCUAGGGCCUUCACUUUCAAUACACCUGCCUUUCAGGAUACUGUGAAGGACUGGCUGUGACUGACUGUCCAACUCGAGCUAAUGUAUAUACGCAUUUCCGAGUACAGUUUGACUUAAACAAACCAAUGGUUCUUUACUGAAAGUUGAUGCUCUGAAUAACUCAGACUUUAGUCGACUGGUUAGAGAAUCAGAUAAUCAAGAAAUAUAUUUGAAAUAACGUUAAAUAAGAUCAUCUCUACAGAGAACUGAAUAGACUGGGCGAAUGUUAUUUAUCGACAAAGUAUCAGACCGAAAGCAGCAUUUUGGUAACAUUUUUUUAGAAACUGUAAAACAUUAUUUGCUAGAUUGAAUAACGCGUAUGUGUUGUUGUUGUUAUGAAUUUUUAAGGGAUUAAAACAAAAACGCUUCAAAUACGAAACCAUACCUAAAAUAUAACUAAAUAACUGACAGUAGACGAUAGGAUUCUACAUAUGCUUAACAUUUUGUGUAACAAACUUAGAUGUAAAGGACAGUUCGCGAUAACCGGGGUAGUAGGGAUAAAACUUGAAAGCAAAUAAAACUUAGUUGAAAACAGCAAUUGACCUGACGUUUGAAAAUUAAUUUUGUCCAAAAAAUUCGUUGAACUUUAGUAAGUCUUGGAUACUCCAAGACUUACUACGUAUGAAACAAAACCCCCCAUCUAUAAAAUGUUUUGCGAGAUAAACGGGCGUUUUGAUAUGAAGAGUUUUAAAUAUAUCUAAAUAUUCAAGAACUUCAUGUCAGAAGAGUACGAGAAGAGAAACUUCCAAAAUAGGUGAAUCUACGUUUCGUUGCUCAGAAAAGUCUGACACAUCCGUUCCAUCUGAUAGUUCAAAGUGAAAAUCAGUUAGAUAUUCUAGAAAGAAUAUUUUGAGAUGUACUUGCUAUGUGAUCGUUCAGAGUGAAAAGCCCCUUAACACUUUGAUCAAAAUUCUGAAACUAGCAUGUUAGCUGAACGUUCAGAGUCUGAAUAGAUUAAAUAGUCGAUUAGAAAUACCUGUAUCUGAACGCUCACUCGCGCACCACGAGAUACAGAGACAUAAGCUAAAGUUGCAGGAAAGCUGAACUCUACAACAAAACCAAGAACAUUUUUCAGGUGAAAACUAUUCCAUGAUUUAAUCUUAUAAAUAUAGACGCAAGAAUGAUAAGUCAUUACAGAGGAGCUAGUGGCUCAGCUGUCGACUUGAUACAACUUCAGUAUAGUGAGACAGAUCCUGCACCGAUGAGUAAUAAGAGCCGCCUGAGGAGGGUCUUCACCACAUACACUAGGCGUCGUAAGAAACAUUCGUCGGCAUCAAAGUUUACUUUAACCUCUAUGUUAAAGGAACCUCUCCGACUGGUUAAUUCGGUCCCGCUCAACUUCCAUUACAAUAGUUCAUCCUCAACAGAUCUUGGGGCCCGUCGAGGAGUCUUUAGCCGCCGCCAUUAUGGAUCUGUGGAGAUGCUUGCUUCAGUUGAAACCGACGGUGCUGACCUCUUUCGUCGAUUCCGAGUGGAAAGUGGAGAAAGAGCAGAAAAAGACGAAUUGUAUGGUUCACCUAGUACUCCUGUUCUCGAAAACCCAGAAUAUCAGACGAGAUGGUACUUCAAGUACUUUCUUGGGAGACUUCAUCAGAAUUAUGCAGGAGUAGACGGUGAGAAGGUUCCUUUCUUUUUUUCUGUGGUUCUCACUGAUUCUAAUACUGAAGGAGUUCAACAGUAUAGAGCAAUUCUGUGGAGAAAAUCGGGUGCACAGAAGAUUAAUCUGUCUCAUACACAGGGCAAAUCACUGACGGUCAAAUCAAUUCUGAGUAACUUUAAGAAUAUGGAUAAACUGGAAAAGGCUCCACGAGAAAUAUUUGUUCCAGAAUUACAGAAAGACUUACUUCUUCUUGAAGAACAAGAGGGUUCAGUUAAUUUCAAGUUUGGAGUUUUGUACGCAAAAGUAGGACAAACAGUGGACGACGAAAUGUUCAGCAAUGAGUGUGGAAGUAAAAACUUUGACCGGUUUCUCUCUCUGCUUGGUGAACGAAUUCGAUUGAAAGGAUGGGACAAAUAUAGGGGAGGUCUCGACGUAAAAGGAGACAUGACUGGAAAGUACUCCAUCUACACUAUUUACGAAGGACAUGAGGUAAUGUUUCACGUCUCCACGUUGCUGCCUUAUUCUAAAGACAAUCGUCAACAAGUGGAAAGAAAAAGACAUAUCGGUAACGACAUCGUCAACAUUAUAUUUUUGGAUGGAAAUCACCAGCAUCAUUCUUCUUUCAAGCCAUCAAUGAUCAAAUCUCAAUUCACACAUAUCUUUGCAGUUGUAACUUAUAAUUCAGAGGAGGAGUCGUACAAACUUUCAGUGUAUUCAGAAGAGUCCGUACCGUUGUUUGGGCCAACUCUACCGUGUCCACCUGUGUUCAGAAUUUUUCAGGAAUUCCGUGACUUUUUACUCGUGAAGCUGAUAAACGGUGAGAAAGCGGCUUUCAACACCCCAACUUUUGCACAGAAACGAGAGCGAACACUGGAUAUGCUGAUAAAGGACUUCUACACUGAACACUUGGCCGACAAUCGCGGGACAAUGUUGAACAGAAGAGCUUUCAGUGACGUACUUCCGGAAGCAUCACGUGGUUCACGAAGAAAGGAAGAAGCCCGCCAGGUCGAAUUUGUUCGGAUCGGCCAGGCACUGAAAUUGGAUACUAUAGUCAAGGGAGAUGCUCCAACUAGCCUGGCUACUACCAGUUUAUUUAAAAGAGAACCAUGGGAACCGCAAUGCUUUUAUCCAGACUUUCCUCAUGACAUCGUAUGUGGAGAUUCUUGGGGAGAAAAUCGAUUGAUUCUAGCCGCUGAAGCUGGCGUGUUUCUUUUAGAAGAAGGAACGGCUCACCGACAAAUCUUUGACAAAACCAUACAAGCCAAACAGCUGAAUGUAGUGGAAGCUCAUGGAAUCCUUUUGUUUAGAGCUGACAAAGGUAGAGAUAGCAGAAUCCAUGUGUUUAGGCUCUCAGAUUUCGAAAACCAACCCAAAGAAAAUGGUGUUCGAAAUAAAACAGACAUCCGGGAUCAAAAGCUCGAAAAAACGAAAGGUUGCCAUUUAUAUGCCAUCAGCCGUCCUGGUGACAGUCACCUUCGUAUGGUUGUGGCGGUUGGACGCCGGUUACUGGUGCUACAGUGGCGCCACUCCGCGGCGUGGACGGCAUGGUGUGCUUCUUCAGAUACUGACACUGUAGAUGGAUUCCACUUUAUUAGGGAACUUCCUGUGGCUGAGCCAGCUCAGCUGAUCACCCUGGUGGACAGUCCGGUAAAAGGCGGAGACAACCAAAUUUGUGUGGCUUACAAACACCAGUUUGACUUGAUUAACGAAAAAAACGGCGAUACAGUAAGGCUUCACUGUGUGGAAGGAAACAAGGUUCAUCUUGUCUCAGCCGUCGAUAUCUAUGAAGACGAAGAAGCUGAAUUGCUGCUGUCUUACAACCAUACAACACAUUUCCAAAAGUUAUCUGAUGAUAGUUCUACAGAAUUCGACUUCCAGUGGAAUGCCGUACCCAAUACUAUUGUGUGUGCCUUUCCCUACGUUCUGGCUUUCACUACUGACACCAUCGAGAUUCGGCUUAUUAUUAACGGAAAUCUCAUUCACAAUAUGGUGAUGCCAAAACUAACCGCCAUUACGUCGAAGGGAGAUAUCUUUUUUGCUACGACAGAUCCAGAAUUUUUUCAGGUUCGACAAGAAAGAGUUAAAGUUGAUAAAAUGGACAGAGACCCCAGUCUAUCACCACCUACGUCUCCACAUUGUACCAACAACUCAAGCUCUGCCGACAGUAAUAAGCCAUUAAGGAUUUACCGGAUGCCCUUUGGUUCACUAACCGGAAGUUCGUCGCCAUGUGAAAGACGAGUGCCAACCCCGUGCAUCCCCUCCCCUCAGCCACUACUCAAUCCUCCAGAUUUUAGCAGCAACUUUUUGUCGCCAGAAUCACAGGAUAAUCACCUGCGAACGGAUACAAGACCAAGUAGAAGCGCAACCUCGUCCCCAGUUCCCCCUCUUCCCAUUAUUCUUCGCCAGCAGAGUGCUUCUAACCGUAAAGUUAUUAAAGAUUACAUUUAUUCCACUAGUUCGGACUCUGGUGUAAACAAAAGUGAGUGUUCGACACCAUCACACAGUAUCCACGUAUUCACGGCGGCUAAAGACGAAACCUGAGUGAAACAAUAGCCAAACUGUGACCACUUGUAAACAUAUGUACAGCUAUUACAGACUUUUGCUAUUCGAUGUGUCAAAUUGUUUUACAAUUCUAUGUAUCUUUUACAUUCCAAAGCUAAAGAAAAACAAAAACGUAAAUCAAGAAAACUCUCGAAACUUUUGCAAAAUAGUAAACAUCAAUUUUUGAUGCCAACCUUCCAAGCAUGUUUAGUGACUUUACAGUAUAAUUCAGAGAACUUAAUUAUUAACACUAGUCUCUUAUUAUAUUUAAAACUUCCUAUUUAAUUAUUGCCAAAGUACAGGUGAGAAAAUAGAGGAAGAAGUCUUAGAUAGGGAAAACCAGGGCAAAAUACACAUUAGUUACUGUCGAUGUGAAAUGCUUGUCUAUAAUUAUCCCAUAAAAAAUUAUUGUUGAGUCUUACAAAAUAUUAUUCGAUAGAAAGGAAAAAACCAGACAACAAAAUACAGUCAUGUAAUUAAUUAAUUUAAAUUAUAAUUCAACUGUAUUAUAUAUUAAAAUAAAUUAGGGGAAAUUUUUCGUGUGGAAAUAUUAAUAAAACCAAACUUAUCCUAGCGUAUUUUCAACGAUCAUAUAGAAACGUUAUAAAAGAUCGAUACCCGUGGUGGGCAGAGCACAGAUAGCCCAUUGUGUAGCUUUGUGUUUAACUACAAACAACAACAACAAUGUAAAAGAUCAACAUCUGUGCACUGAUCAUUGGUUAGCUUCAAUAGCUUUCUGUGAGCACAGAUGUUGACAAUGAAAUUGUAGUUUGGUGGAAUUGGAAGCCGGAUAAUCGAUCAAAUAUCUCUAAACAAGCCGUAAUUUCAGUAAAGUGAAAAUGAUUUAUUGGUUUCGUUAAAAAGUAAUCGCGAUCUAGAAGUUUCAAAUGUUCUUAACACAACGUGCCUUCGAAAGAAAUUGAAUUUACAUAACUUUCCCAAUCAAAGGCUUAAUGUGUGAGUAAAUUACCACCUAAACCGAAAACAUUUGUGAAUAUACUUCGAAAGUACAUCCUCUUUUAGGAUAAGACUCGUUUUAUUCUGAGUAAUUUCAUAUUUAACAGAAAUCAGUUCAUGUCUAUAGGAUUUCAACAGAUGGGUUAACUCCUUACAAUAUAAUUGAACACAACUGACAAACAGAUACAAAUUCAACAUAAUGCGAUCAUUUGAAAAUAUAAAAAUAUUACAUUAUAAUCGCUAUACAGAGAGAGAGGAAUGAACAAUGUUUCAGCCAAAUGACUAUCUUUUUGGUAAAAUGUUCAUUAUUUUGUCUUUCGGAAUAGAUCCUGGCUGAUACAUUUUUUUUUCAGAUUGCGAUAUUUAACUUUUUAUAUCUUUAGUACGCAAGUAACUAAAGGGAAUUCUGUAGUAUAAUGCCUUUUUAUGGAAUGUUCUAGCUAACUUAAUUAUUUCCACGUAUAUUAAUGUUCAUUACUUAUGUCCAUUUAUGACAAAUAAUACAGAAGUUUAAUCAAACCUAAUUUCCUUACCAAAACAAAACACAAUAAAUGGUCAUAUUGGUGUGGGAUCUGAAGCUGCAUCGUUCUAUAAAGUCGUACCAGGAGUGUGAGAAAAGUUUAUAGUUUGAUAUUUUAAACACAAAUUCCUCACUAUAAUUGAAUAUUCAUACCCCUUUUUUAAUCUUCUGUGAAAAAAAAAAAUAACAAGAGGAAAAAGUUACAAUUCUGUAAUCGGAUUGUUCUUUAAGUUUUAUCAAACUGAUUAGGAAGACAUCUUUUGAUUUCCAAAGGCAAAGUAAAUAAUCAAGUUAACUGAUAUUUUAUCUACUGGAGAGUAGCAACUACUAUCUUUUAUAUAUAUAUAAGCAGGAUAGUAUAAAAGUUGGGAAUAAAGAGAUGCCCAUUUUGUACAGAAUUAAGUAUUUUGUUGUUUGAAAUGGGGCAUAGGUUGAGAUGUAAACAUGAGAAUGCUGUUUGUGUUGCUUUAUUUUCAUGUAGCUUGCAAUACACUACCUCUACAAAUCUUGAAAGUACUCACUCUGAGCUCCGAAGUAAGCAACUGUUUUUAGAAUAAUAUAAAUUAUUUCAGUUUUCGUAACAUGCAUUUACAAAUAUGUGUAUUUAAUGAUAUUCAGACAAUUUAUGUAUUUUGUAGACACAUCGUUGAUAGUAAUUACUUGUAAACUUUUCGUUCCUAUUUAUAAAAAGUUCAUAAUGCGUUUGUUUAUUUUUUUGUACAUGAAAGAAACUAGCUGUAUUUUAUGCUCUGGUUUGCUCCCAAACGUGUCAUAUGUCUGAUGUAUUUUUAUAACAAUAUCCCUUCUUUUCAGUUUAUGGUCAAAGUGUGAUUCCCCAUCUUCAGCUCUUAGUUAAAAAUGUAUUUGGAAGCUCAAGAUGAAUUUAUUAUAGUGUCUAAAAUUUUAACAAUAAAUAUCAUGAAUAAGUCGGAAAUAUUAAAGACAUCAUAUCAGGUGUAUAGAAUAUAAUAACUUUAAUCAGUCCGGAAAAAAAGUAUUAUAUUUGAAAAUGUAUUUUUUACAAUUCCUAAUUCUCUAAUUUAUGUGAAAAAGAUAAUGAUUCCUAAAAUCUUAGUUACUCAUCAAAGGCUCUGCACCUUUUAGGUUUAGGUUGUUUAAUUAUAUUUAAGAAUAUAUUAUUUGCACACCAAAACAUCUCUAAGUUAGGUGGAGAACUAUUGUUGUUCGAGUGGUAAUUUUUCAAAAAGGGUAUAACUGCAUUUAAAAACAAAUUGUAUGCGUACUCAAAAUUCCUUAAUUGUGCGAGAUACUAUUUUUGCUUUAAUUGCAAGUUUUCACCAAAGUUUCCGUUGUCCCCCGAUUUUAGAUUUUAUUUAUACUUAAAGCUUUAUUUUUCUUUCCCAUCAGCUUAAAAUUUAGAUAAAAGUUUUAAUUGAUAGAAAAUUUUUGGGUGUAAAGGAAAUCACUAAUAUUUAUAUAAACCUUAAAAAUAGGGUGUCAUCCUAAAUAUAAAUAUAUAUAUGCGUGUGUGUGUGUACACUAGUCCUUCGCCGUACGUAACGAGCUAUUCUCAUCAGAUGCGAAUAAAAUAAACAAAACGUUUUCGAAUAACGAGCUUAGGCUGUUUAUCAAUGUCUAAAAGAAUGAUACAUAUGCACGCGUUUAGUUUGGUUGUUCUAUCAUGAUAAUUAUGAAAAACCCUUUUAUUUAAGCGUUUUCAUUGCAUUAAGAUGUAUAGCACUGCGCCUUUUAACGUACAAAACACGCUUAAUUAUGCUUCCCUGAAAUCAAAAUUGAAACCUUAACUUUCUAAUAAUUAACACGAAAGUAAAAUCACAUUAAACAUAUGUUGGCUUAUUAAGUACUUUCGGUUUUGUUAGAUAGCCCAAAAUCACGAUUUACAAAUGCAUAUGUAUAUUAUUCAUCCCUGACGAGGCUAUCUCGCCAAAGAAUAACAGGAAGUGGCUGGUAAUGUUUUUCAAAAACAGUAUUCUGCUUUUAAUAUCAACUUGAUUUUAAACUAAUAAGCACGUGCUAAUUGAAAGGUUCGUUACCAAAAAAGUUUUAAAAAAAAAAGAUUAAAAAUGAAAAUUUUCAAAGUAAGAUUCUACAACUCAAACGUUUUUUUUUCUCAGUUCCUUUCUAGCAAGAAAUAUGCUUUAAUAUUAGUUAUUAGAAGCAAGCAGUGUGUAUAAAAUUUGUGAAAAGUGACGCUCUGUUUACUUUUAUGAUCUCUAUAUAUAAAUGUAUAACAAUUCCAUAGGUUUAUUUGCAAAAAUGAUAAAUAUAAAACUAACAAAAAUCUUUAGUAGUAUCACUGACUAGUUGUAUGAUGGUCUUGUAACUUAUAAACAAUAAUAUCAGAAAUAUGGAACUUGUUUAUUUUUUAUACUUUUAAAAAUAAUAAUUAUAUAUAAAUUCUAAUCACAUCUAUUUACUCUCAGUGUUGCUAAAAACUUAAAAUGCAAGUUUCUAUUGGUUUUUGUCUUUCUUAAAGUUUAGGUACAAAGGUGUUUGUGUAUAUUUAUAUGGAUUAUUAUAUGACAAGCUAAUGAAAGGCUCGGAGUACAGUUUUAAGAGAUCCGAAACGUCACCUAUGGGACAGUGUUAUUUUCAUUAUUAUUUAUGAUAUCAAGAAGAAAAAAGGAGAAAACAAAAUAGCGAUUUUUUCGAUAUGGUAGGUCAAAUUUUGGUACUUUUAUUCCAAAAUUUCUUGUUUGUUCGAUUUUUUUUUCUAGUUGGCCAUUUUCAUGCAUGCAUGUUUUUAUCCUGAAAUACAGCGUUCGACUUGCUAAAUAAAGUUUGCAGUAACCUUGC